AUGAACAUACCAAUAAAUACAAAGAGAAGAGAGAUUUUAGAACAAUUAGAAUUAGCUCAAGAAAGUCUUCAAUCCGAAAAUCACAAUACUAAAUCAGAGAUUACAAUUCUUCAAGAUAAAUUCAGUAAAGAAUCUUUCAACAUUGGUAAUGAUACUCCAGUUGGUAUAUCAGAAGCUUCACUGAGUUCUCGUACUGAUAUAGGGGAUCCAUCAGCAUUGGUUUCUAAGCAAAUUGAUGAAUUCGAAGAGAAAACAGAAAAUAAAUCCAUUAAAAGCGGUUCUAAUAGUUCACCAAUCAUCACAUUGAAUACUUCAGAAGAAAUCAAUGGUGAUAGAAUCAAAGAGACUGAACAUGAAUUUGAAAGUUAUAGAAUUGCAAAAGAGAAUUUAGCAAUGGAAAAAGCUUUAGAAACCAAACAAUUAAUAGAAAUUAUAAAUGAAAAUACACAAUUAAAACUGAAAAUUGAAAAUAUCGAAGAGGAGAUAAGACAAAGAAUGGAAGAAAAUUUAAAUCUUUUAAAAGAACAAACAAAUCUUAAACUUUUAAAAUUUAGAACCCUCAAAGAAUCACUCUUAAAAGAUCUCAAAAAUAGAUGUAAAUAG